UGCGGAAGCAGCCGAUGCCUCUGGUUGCCUGGUGGCGGAAAAUUUGUAAGGAGUUGAUUAGCGCGAUCGCGGUCUGUGUACGCGCUGCAUUUGUCCGUGUGCGCGUCGCUGAAUCCGGCGGCGUGUUCGUGUGACCGUUCGAGGCAUCCCGCCGUUGUUGCUCACCGGACAUGGCCGUGGCGCCCGGUGAUGGCCACAACACGUACGUGGCCUCCCUGGACGUGGGCUCGUCGAGCGUUCGCUGCCACAUCUACGACCGGCAAGCCCGAGUCUGUGGAACAGCCUCGCAAAAGUUGCAGACCGAGUGUCCCUCGGCUGGCGUUUUCGAAGUGGACCCCGAGCACUUGUGGCAGGCCUCCAAGGACACGCUAAGAGCCGCACUCAAGGGUUCCUCGGUGUCGCCAAGCUCAGUGAAAGCCCUGGGCAUCUCAACGCAACGAGCAACUUUCGCCUGCUGGGACAAGAGCACGGGCCAGCUUCUGCACAAGUUCAUCUCGUGGAAGGACACCCGUGCCGAGCCGCUGUGUCGAGAGUGGAACUCCUCUGCACGGGUCAAGGCCAUGCGUAUGGGGGCCAGUUUCCUGUACUGCCUGACCCACAAGGACCGUUACCUGAUCGCUAGCAUGCUGCGCUUCGAGUCUGGCCUGGUGGUGAUGCGACUCUUAUGGGCCCUCAAGAACAUACCGGGGCUUCGCGAGGGCGCACGCGAAGGCCGUGUCGUCAUGGGCACCGUGGACAGCUUCCUGCUGUGGCGGUUGACCGGAGGCCGCGUGCACGCCACUGACCCUUCCAACGCCUGCAUCACCGGACUGUUCGACCCCUUCACGUUGGAGUGGUCCCGCCUGAUCACAGACAUGCUGGACAUUCCUGCCAGCAUGCUGCCCAAGGUUCUCAACACAAGUGGCGUGUUCGGUGUGACAGAUCCCGAGAUCCUGGGCGCCGAAAUUCCCAUCGCGUGCCUGGCGGGUGACCAGCAGGCAUCGGCGUUCGGCGAGUGCUGCUUCAUGGCAGGAGACGUCAAGUGCACCAUGGGCACGGGCACCUUCUUCAACGCCAACACGGCGGACCAGCCGCACGCGUCCACCGUCGGCAUCUACCCCGUCGUUGGCUGGAAGAUCCGUGACGAGGUGACGUACCUUGCCGAAGGCGGCAGCUUCGACACUGGUACCGUCGUCGACUGGGCACAGGAAAUGGGCCUUAUCAACAACGCCGACGAAAGCGCCGAGGUGGCCGAGUCUGUGGAAAGUUCAGCGGGUGUCUUCUUCGUUCCUGCAUUCAGUGGGCUCCAGGCGCCGGUGAACGACGCGUACGCAGCCGCGGGUUUCCUCGGACUGUCGCCGUCCACGCGACCCGCACACAUGGUGCGUGCCAUGCUCGAGUCGCUGGCCUUCCGCACCUACCAACUGCAUGAACUACUCAAGGGAACCUCUGGGCUACCCGCCAUCGGCAGUGUCAGGUUCACCGGCGGUGUGACGCGAAACACAUUCCUCAUGCAGCUAUUGGCCGACCUGCUGCAGGAACCCAUUAUCUGCUCUUCACAGCGCGACAGCAGUGCUCUUGGCGCUGCUUACCUCGCUGGCCUCGCUGUCGGAUUUUGGAAAGACUUGGCCGAAUUGCGGGACCUGCAGCAUAAGGGCGUUGUCUUCAAGCCUAGGGCUGAACAGAUGGCCCCCUGUCAAGCUCUUUUUAAUGAAUGGUGUCGAGCAGUUGAACGUUUCACACAAUGGCACACACCAGCUGGCUCCUGGUGGUCUGGUGAAAAGUGACUUGGUUCUUGUCAUUAUUUUCCAAAGACAUCUCCGCAGCUGCAGUUUUUGAUGAAGGAGUCUUUUAACAUAAUGCUGACGCUUGGCUGCUAGGUUUGGAUCAAACCAUUCUGCAUAAUUUUGUUUCAGUAAGCACUCGCGACUAAUUUUUAUGAUAUGCUCUAUUGCAUGUUAAAGUGCCUGUAAAUUUAGGCUACAAUUUAUUAUGCACCUGUAAUGUUUAUAAAUAUAAAGUUGCAUAUACUGCAGAAAAGUACAACUUGUGGCCCCCUUACUGCCACUAGCAUUAGGUGGCAUCACAAAUUUGCGAACAUAAUGCUGUAUCACUACAUUUCCCAAUGUCCACAAUUUGGAGACAAAGUACAACAGUAUUAAAAAUACUGGUUGUUAGACGAGUGCU